UUCGGCUUCCGCCGGAAGCGGUUAUUGUCAGUCGUUGUCGGGUACUUGGACUUGUUUGUGGUGGGUUCGCUGCGCCUUGCCGGGUGAGGCUUGGUCGGAGGAGCCCGUCGGGCGUAAACCCGGGCAACGAGAUGGACGUUCUGAAAUCGGAGAUCCUCCGGAAGCGGCAGCUGGUGGAGGACAGGAACCUGUUGGUGGAAAAUAGAAAGUAUUUCAAGCGUAGUGAACUUGCAAAAAAAGAAGAGGAAGCAUAUUUUGAAAGAUGUGGCUACAAGCCUAUAAAUGAGAAGCCAUCUGGAGAGAUACAGCCAAAGGAGGAGGACCAGAAACCAUUAACUUCUUCAAAUCCAGUGCUAGAACUUGAACUGGCAGAGGAAAAGUUACCCAUGACUCUUUCUAGGCAGGAGGUUAUCAGAAGAUUGAGAGAAAGAGGAGAACCAAUCAGACUAUUCGGAGAAACUGAUUAUGAUGCUUUUCAACGUUUAAGAAAAAUAGAGAUCCUCACACCAGAAGUUAAUAAGGGAUUGAGGAAUGAUCUGAAAGCUGCUUUGGAUAAGAUUGAUCAGCAGUACCUCAAUGAGCUUGUGGGUGGUCAGGAACCUGGAGAGGAAGAUACACAGAAUGAUUUGAAAGUUCAUGAAGAAAACACCACAAUUGAAGAGUUAGAGGCAUUGGGAGAGUCUUUAGGAAAAGGCGAUGAUCAUAAGGACAUGGACAUCAUUACCAAGUUCCUUAAGUUUCUUCUUGGUGUUUGGGCUAAAGAAUUGAAUGCCCGAGAAGAUUACGUGAAGCGCAGCGUGCAGGGCAAACUGAACAGUGCUACUCAAAAACAAACCGAGUCCUAUCUCAGACCCCUUUUCAGAAAGCUACGGAAAAGGAAUCUUCCUGCUGAUAUUAAAGAAUCCAUAACAGAUAUUAUUAAAUUCAUGUUGCAGAGAGAAUAUGUAAAGGCUAAUGAUGCUUAUCUUCAGAUGGCCAUUGGAAAUGCCCCUUGGCCCAUAGGUGUCACCAUGGUUGGUAUCCAUGCCAGAACUGGCAGAGAAAAGAUUUUUUCUAAGCAUGUUGCACAUGUUUUAAAUGAUGAAACACAGCGGAAAUACAUUCAGAAGUAAUUCUUCCAUGCUGUGCGUGUAUUUGGAUUGAAGAGGUUAAUGACCAUUUGCCAGAAGCACUUUCCUACAGAUCCAUCAAAAUGUGUGGAGUACAAUGCACUGUGAAGUCUGUGAAUGGUGUCGAAGUAACAGGAAACUUGAGUGGACGUGGCACAGACUUCUGGAAUUACCAGCAAGAGUGAGGGAAGAAGAGCAACAAACACGGUUUCCUGUGUUUGAGUUCUACCUAAUACUACUCUCACAGUGUUAAGAAACGGUGUUGGCUCUGUCACAUCUGCUACAAACUGAUUUUUGUGUCAUUUACUUUAAAUAGUCAAAAAAUUAAGUUCUAAAAACUUCUUCAAAUUUAAAUGUGUAGACAACUGUCCCAGAUGGGGGUCUAAAAUGAUGUCUUCCCUCUAGACCUGCAAGCUGGCAGUUAGAUGCCUGAAAAGGAACAUUUGAGGAUGGGACUUAAUUCUUUCUGUAAAAUAUGGUAAUUUUCACAUUGUCUUUUAUGUAACAUUUUUAAAAGAUAUUUUUAUAUAUUUCAACAAAAAUAUGGAACCAUUUAAUGAAACUUUAUAGUCCUUAAAUGUUGCUGAACUUUUGCCAUCUUGCAGUAGAAUUGGAAUGUAAAUAUUACUACUGUUAACUCAAGUGUUGUUUUUCUUGCAUUUCAAGGCUUGCUUUUACCUUCUAAGGAGUGUGAAUUUUAGUAUUUGUCAUCUCUUGGGACAGAAAGAAUUAAAAGGAAAUCGUGAUUUGAAAAAGAUGGUACAUGAUACCAAUAGAAGUUUAAGUUAAGGAACCCCAGUGCAUCAAAGUUCAAGGUGGGGCAGUGGAUUGUCAAGCCAGCCAAGGAUGGAGCUGUUGGGACACCACUGGUUCUUCCCAGACUAGGACUGCCGGCGAGUCUCCCUGUCGCAGGGUCUGUGGUGGGCUGCCGCCCCUGGCUCUGUGCCACCGGGCAGAAGGACAAGGGCCCGGAACUCCGAUCCCUGCCUGACCCAGUAGGCCGGGUCUGAGUUGGCCCAGAUGAAGGCUUCCGGAUCUCAGUGUCCUAUGCAAAUAAUGGUGAUGAAUCGCUGUGGUCUGCGAGCUGCGAGGACUCGGUUAAUAGAGGAAGGUGGGUGAAGGGAGCCGACCUGCCCAGGUGGAGUGACUGUGUCGAUAGCAAUAAGGGGGUGCUCCCGAGGCAGCACUGCCGAGCUGGAGAUCCCAGCUCUUCCCCCAUGAGUGCAUGACCCUGGGUAUCACUUAGCCUUUCUCCACUUCAUUUCCCCAUCUGCAAGCGGUCGUGAGGAAUUGGGAGUGUAUACCUCAGCACGCCGUUGUGGUGUUCAAGUCAAAUAAAACGCUUAGCACUCUGCCUGGCAAAUGAGAGCUCAGCCA